AAACUUAAUUGUUACAUUAUCAAAAGUAAACAAGACACUUAAAUAUUUUAUUUUAAUACAAAAAAAUAAAUCAACCUUCUGUUAUAUUGGUUAUUGACCCCUAUUUUAAAUCAAUAAAUGACAGCUGUUGUCUUUUAUAUAAAAACUAUCAACAAAAACAAGUUGACAUUACAGUGACUUAGUGUGUGUGUGUGUGUAAGUGUGUAAUAUAAUAUUACAGAGAUUGGAGCAAUCAUUGAAACUCUAUCUAUCAUUAAAUAAUAAAAAAUAAACCUUGACAGCUUCAUGUGAAAGUAUCUGGAGCAAAAUAAGUGUUACUUCUCAUUAAUAAUAAUUUAUUUAUUGAUAAUUGUUCAUCAUGUCAGCACCAAUAGCUUAUUUAACAAGAAGAGAAUCAAUCUCUUCAUGCCACAGACUUCACAGUCCACACUUGAGUGAAGAAGAGAACAAAAAAACAUAUGGUAAAUGCAAUAAUUAUUGGGGCCAUGGACACAACUACACUGUUGAAGUUACUGUUCGUGGUCCAGUUGAUUCAAAAACAGGAAUGGUUAUUAACAUAGCUGAUUUAAAAAUUUACAUGCAUAAAGUUUUAAUGGAACAAUUGGAUCAUAAAAAUCUUGAUAAAGAUGUUGAAUAUUUUAAGAGUGUUGUAUCAACAACUGAAAAUGUUGCAAUAUAUAUUUUUAAUGAAUUAAAAAAAUUAAUGGAUAAGCCAUCGUUACUUUAUGAGGUCAAAAUUUGGGAAACUGAAAAAAAUAUUGUUAUUUAUCGAGGUGAAUAAAUAAAUAACUCCGGUAUUUUAAUUUUUAUAUAUAUUUUUAUAUUAUUAUUAAUCAAAUAAUAUUGUAUUUUAUUUAAAUUGUUGAAAUAUUUACAACAAAUAAAGGUAAAACUUGAAUGGAGAAA